AUGGGUAAAUCUAAAUGGAUGAUUCCAGCUUCUGACAGUUGGUGGAUUUGUUCUCAGACAGGGCUCACCCCAUGUGUUAGCAGGGCUGUUUUUAAUUUGUCACCCGAAUAUUGUAUCAUGAUAUUAAUAUUUCCAAGGGUUAUUUACCACCGAGAAGAUGUUGUAUAUGAUCUGUGGACGGAAGGGACGGAAGCAAGAGGGUCAAUAAGAACAAAACGGGAACGCUUUACAGCCAUAACCUUGGCCACCUUAUUUGGCCUUGGUGCCAUAGGGGCAGGAACAGGGAUCUCAUCACUAGCCAUCCAGCACCGAGGGUUCAAUAGCCUAAGGACAGCCAUUGAUGAGGAUAUAGCCAGACUUGAGGACUCAAUCUCGCACCUCGAAAAAUCUCUGACCUCCCUUUCUGAAGUGGUCCUACAGAACCGAAGGGGGCUAGAUCUAGUCUUCCUCCAACAGGGAGGUUUAUGUGCAGCCUUAAGAGAAGAAUGUUGUUUUCAUGCUGACCACACCGGAGUAGUCCGAGAGUCCAUGGCUAAAGUUAGAGAAGGCCUGGCCAAACGGAAGCGUGAACUAGGACAACAACAAGGCUGGUUUGAGUCUUGGUUCAAUCAGUCCCCAUGGCUAGCCACCCUGCUUUCUGCUCUAGCUGGGACCCUUAUACUCCUCCUUCUCCUUCUCACCCUCGGGCCUUAUAUUAUUAAUAAACUAGUUGCCUUUAUCAAAGACCAAGUUAACACGAUCCAACUGAUGGUCCUUAGGACCCAAUACCAACCCGUCAUUACCAAAAUAUUUGAGUCAGACACAUAAGAUCCAAGAUUGGCUCUUAAGGCACCAAAGAGAGGGGGGAAUGAGAGGCUAAGAGAAAAAUUACCAGGUGUACUCACAACUGCAAAGAAAAGAUCCCCCCCCCACCCCGCCGUUCCCAAAACCAGC